AUGCGUCACAGCUUCAUCGUCCUGUCAGGCAAAUUGAAUUCGCUUCAUAUUACUUCUAUCUCAUCUACGCAGGAGGAUUUCGCCAUCUUCUUCUGGCUGUCGUCUCUGUUUUCCUGGUUUUCUCGCGUCCCAUUCCAUCCCCUCGCCUCCGCGCCUCAACGCUUUCCCAACAUCGGCCUUAGCUUCCACCCGAUCCAGAGGACAAAGCUCUCUGGGGCUGCGCCAGUCCAAUCGGCUAGGCGACACGUACGACGGCUCGAGGAGGUCGAGAACAGUGGAAAUCCUAACAGUCGCUCGCGACGAUGA